CGGCAGCGCAGCCCCUGCCCUCAGCCUCCCUGCGCCCUGUGACGGAUGACGACCUCCCCCUCCAAACACGAGAAUACUCUGCAUUCGCUCCUGGGUUUAGUCAACAGUCCGAGCAGAGCUGAUCCGGUUCCACACCUACUGCUUUUAGCCACACCUCGCAAUUAUAAUAUGAAAAGCGAAGAAAAAAAAAAGAAAACAAGCAAAAGGAAUCUGGUAUGCGGCUGUGAUUCCAAAUAAUAACAACAGUGUGUGCAGGCUCAUAAAUGCUUCAGAAUUGACCAAGAGGAAGCACGUUUCAUGAUGACACAAUCUCGCUGUAGUCAUUCAGCGGAGGGAACUCCCACAGGAGAAGGCAUAAAGCCGCUUGGGGAAGGCUAAGGAGCUGCUCAGUGCGAGUCAAACAUUGGGUGAGAUCCGUAACGGAGCCGAACAUGAGUAGCAGCCAAGGCCCUUUCCAGUUUUAUUCUGGGUCCCUCAGGGGUAGUGCAGGGUGUGGUUUGGCCCAGCAAGGAACUUCUCACCGACCUCCAAGUGCAGACGGUGCCGGCAGCACACACACCUCUUUCUCCCCCCUCUGUCUGGCCGCCGGAGGGGGGGCGUCCUGGGGAUGCUUCGGCGAGCGCCACUGGGAAAGCAUCUUCCUGGGUGGGAAUGAGAAACAGACCAUGCAAAACCUGAAUGACCGUUUGGCUGCCUACCUGGACAAGGUCCGCUCCUUAGAAGCAGCCAACGCUCAGCUCGAAAGCUGCAUCCUAGAGUGGCACAGGACAAAAUCCCAUGGAAAGAGGCAUGACUUCAACCAGUACGAGCAAAACGUCACUGACAUGCAAAGACAGAUUGAGGAUGGGAAGAUCACCAACGCCAGCAUCCUCCUGCAGAUCGACAACGCUAACAUGGCGUCCGAAGACUUCAGGCUCAAGUAUGAAGCAGAGAAGACUCGGAGGCAGGGAGUGCAGUGCGAUGUUGAGAACCUGCGUAAGGAACUCGAUGGCCUGACCAUUAUUACAACAGAUCUGGAAAUGGAAAUUGAAGGCUUGAGAGAAGAACACAUCCUCAGGAGGAAAGACCAUGAGGAGGACAUGGAAGCAAAUCGCUCAUCGCAGGACUUCAAGGUCAAUGUGAAAGUGAACGCGCCGCCUCCUGAAGACCUGGCCAAGAUUCUGGCAGAAAUAAGGGAAGAUUACGAAGCCAUAAUAGAAAAGAAUCGUCAAAGCCUUGACAGCUGGUACAGAGAACUGAGCACAGCCGUGUCCCUGGCAGCAGCCCCCAAUCCCGAGCAGAUCCAGAGCAGCGAGAACGAGAUCAAGGACCUCACGCGGACCUUACAGUCCCUGGACAUCGAGCUGCAGGCGCAGCUGAGUAAGAAACACAUGCUGGAAGACACCUUGGCUGACACUCGCAAUCACUACGCCAUCGCACUUCAAAACAUGCAGCAGAUCAUCUCCAAAUGUGAGGAAGAGCUCAGCCAGCUUCGCCACGACAUCAGGCAGCAGCACAACCAGUACAGGGUUCUGCUUGGGAUUAAAACACGCCUGGAGAAGGAAAUCUCCACUUACCGCCUGCUGCUGGAAGGGAACGUGGACAGGAUAACAAGAACAUGUGAAUCAAAAGCUGAAGAAUAUGCUGAACUGACCAAUGGAGAGAUCAAAGCGAUUGUGCACGACGGCGUGAAUGGGCAGCUGAUGUCCUCCACCACCAACCAGAUCCACCAGCAAGAGUGAAGGAAAACGUUCUGUAGCUCCUCUGUUCCUGGUGGGCUGCCGGGCUGCCCCUGCUGGCUGCUCUGCAACUGCCAGCCGUGCACUGGCCCGCGGGGUGACACCCCUGCAGCCACCUGCAGCCUGACAUUGCAGAGCCACGCAGAGCUGGGCAGAGCUGGUGCUGUUUAAGAGCUUUUAGUCAUCAAAAUGCUGGAGCCAAACUAUUCAAUCAAGAUGACUGUCUGAGCUGGUAAUGUAUGCAUUAUGCACGCCUCACUGGGGCACGAAUCUCCAUCUGUGGUUCAUUUACUGCUCUGCAAAUUAACUAUAAUUUAAAGUGAAUAAUCUCUGACUUCUUCUCCUUGUCUCAUGUCUCUUACCAUAUACCUCACUGCUGCCAAUAAACUCUUUUCCUUUACUCGUA